CAACACUACCUCGAGUUGACACGAUGGAGAAGGUGAACUGCCACAGCAGAGCGGACUGAUGUGCUUCACUGACUCGAUCUCAUCUCUCUCACUCAGUAACGCUGUUUCUUUGAGCAAAUAAAGGGACGACGUCUGUCUUGGGAUGGACAGCUACAAUGACGGUGUUCGGUUGAGGUGUCGAAGCCUUACGGAGGAUAAGAAGGUCCAGGAUCUGGACAGCUCCGGGGACUGUGAUGCGAGUCACCGGGCGGUUAAUGGAGACAUCAACAGUAAUGGAAAAGUGGAAGUGGAACAUGUGAUCAGCAAGAAGCUGCAGCUCAAAAGAAAGGCUGAGUUACUGAAAGGUGAGCUGAUGCGUCAGUUUGACAAUCACGUCAGACUCUUUGUGGACGGUCUGAUCGAGGAGUCGGCGAGUCUGGAGCCGGCUCCCGUCCCUGCUGUCUUCUCACCUCUGCUGUCAGAUAAAGAGAGGGUCAAACUCAGGUAUAUUCGACCGCCCCAUGGCCAGGGCAAGCAGUUUGUGAGUCGCAGGUCCCUGCUAGAUGAACUGUUCGAGGUGAACCACAUCAGGACGAUCUAUCACAUGUUCAUUGCGCUCCUCAUUCUCUUCAUCCUGAGCACGCUGGUGGUUGAUUUCAUUGACCAAGGCAGGCUGGUGCUGGAUUUCGACUUGCUGGUCUAUGCGUUUGGACAGUUCCCUCUAGUGGUGUGCACGUGGAUUUGCAUGUUUUUGUCUGCGUUGGUGGUGCCGUACAGCUUGUUCCACUUGUGGUCCCAAACCCAGUGUGGCUCAUCGGGUCACCCUCGCCUCUCCAGUUUUUAUUUUGGCACUCUUUUUCUAUGCUACCAAUUCCUGUGUCUGGGGUUCCUGCCCACAUAUGUGGUGGUGUCCAACAGUUUGCCACCUGCAUCCUGCUUCAUCAUCAUCCUGGAGCAGGUGCGUUUGAUGAUGAAGGCUCACUCAUUUGUCAGAGAAAAUGUUCCGAAAUUCCUUUCAUGGGCAAAAGAAAAGACAGGUAUGUUGUUUUUAUCGUUGACGUUUCUAUUCCACAACAUAUUAAUGAGCCCAAUCCCUUCAGGUCCUUCUCCUGCCGUGCCGCAGGUUACACAGUAUCUCUACUUCUUGUUUGCACCCACCCUCAUAUACAGAGAUAAGUACCCCAGGACUCCAGUGAUCAGAUGGGGAUAUGUCGCCACUAAGCUGCUUCAGGUGCUCGGAUGCCUCUUCUAUGCCUAUUACGUGUUUGUGCGACUCUGCAUCCCUCAGUUCCGCAGCAUCAGUCUGCAGCUGUUUGACCUGAGAGCCAUGGUUCUUUGUGUUUUUAACUCCAUCCUCCCUGGAGUGCUGGUUCUCUUCCUGGCAUUCUUUGCCUUCCUCCACUGUUGGUUGAAUGCAUUUGCAGAAAUGCUUUGUUUUGCCGACAGAAUGUUUUACAAGGACUGGUGGAAUUCCACCUCUUUUGCCAACUAUUACCGAACUUGGAACGUAGUGGUCCAUGACUGGCUGUAUUACUACGUGUACAAGGACUUCCUCUGGAUAUCGAGGAAACGUUUCCGAGCAGCAGCCAUGCUGUUUGUGUUCACCGUAUCAGCUGUCGUCCAUGAGUACAUCCUUGCCAUUUGCUUUGGCUUCUUCUACCCGGUGCUCUUCUGCCUCUUCAUGUGCUUUGGAAUGAUGUUCAACUUCAUCCUCCACGAUCGAAGAAAAGGUCCGAUCUGGAACAUCAUCAUGUGGACGUCUCUUUUCCUGGGUCAGGGGGUCCUCAUCUGUUUGUAUUCUCAGGAGUGGUAUGCCCAGCGCUACUGCCCUCAGAAGGAGCCUUCUCUUGUAAAUCUGCUGACACCACGCUCCUGGAGCUGCCAGAAAACCUCAGCUGAUGGACUGUAACCUCUUAUCAGAGUCAAGUCUGCUGCUCCAACUGUCCUGAUGUUAUCGCACAAUGCAGUGUGAAGGAAUGUGUGACAUUUGAUGAACUUUUGCCAAAAUGAUUUUAACUACAAUAGCAAUGUUGUCAAAGCAAUAUUUUUAAAACCUGCCACUGAGAUUCAUGUAAAAUAGUUUUGUAAGUGUUUUCUGAUGUUUUUAACAAAUGCCAAUAUAUGUGAGUGCAGUUGUGAGCUGGCAGCUGGACCUUCACUCUCUACUAUCUGUAUCACAUGCUAAUAUUCAAGAAAUGAUGGAGAAUGUAUCUAAUAUGUCGCGAUUGCAAGACUUGAACUACUAUUUAUUUUCACAGUGACUUGUGAAAUCUUUUUAAGUUCCAAAACAGGUAUUUUCUGUUGUGACUCACCUGCUUUUGUGAAUUAGUGAGAAACAUGAAUGUAAAUUUAUUUGGAAUAAUUUCUAUGAUAACUUAUGUGAGAUGCUUUUGAGAGAUUGUAUUGUUGCCUCGUGUUGAGCCUGGAGAGAAGAGAAACAAUUACACUUGGAAAUUUGACAUAACCUUGAUGGGCUUUAUAUUCAAGGUAAAUAUGCACAGGUUUCUACUUUUUUGUGAUCCUCCUGUAGUUAAAAUAUUGGUGGACAGUGUGUAAAGACACUGUUUUACUACUAACAGUUCGGAUGAAUUGUGAAUUGUCAUUUUCUGUGCAACUCAUUGACUGCAAUAAUCCAGUCGACAUUGACAUUGCUCUCCUAGGUGGAGGUAGUUCCACGAGAUGUUUGCAGCUCUCCUGGCGCACCAGGGGCUGUGAAGAUGUUCCAGGAUUCAGCUGGAAAUAAGCCAUUUCCUCCUGUCUUCCAAUGACUCCUCAGAUUGUGUCUUCUCUUUCAUGGAUCGCCUGUGAUAUGAGCUGACCAUGUUUAGUAUCUUGCUGACGUGGGGCGCUGCUCCCUCAGGAAUGCAUUCCUGUCCUUCACUAAUAGCGCGUUACACAAUUUGACCACAAGAUGGCGGUGUGCUAAAUAUAAGUUUUGAGUCAGAAACUUCGUGCACAACUGUUCAGGACAUUAUUUAGUGUGCGCGCGCGCUCACUCGCGUCCUUUAAAUAAUGUAUACAUUUAACUGUAUCAUAGUUUGAAGUUCAAUAGCGUUUUGCUUAAAGUAAUCAUCUUGAAAAUGAUUUAUUGUUGUUCUUUUAAACGGCGUUUUAGUGAUAACAGUCGAUGAUGUGGCGGUUGUCAAUCUAAAUGACCAGUUGAAUGUUUUUAAUCGUGCAGCCUUUAAUCACAACACGCAAUGAUUUGUUGUUGUACUUUCAAAGUAUUGACUCGUUUUCUAUUAAUUUCAGUGAAUACCUUCGAGAUUUAGCAUCUU